ACUUUUAAUUGCUUUCAGGUACAACAUGACAAAUGGUUUUAAUAACCAUUACAUCCAAGGAAUAUCCACAUCAGCAAAUCCAGCUGUUCCUACCUGUUGUCUCUCUGUGUCUUCUAGUUGUGGAAACCUGUCCCUUAACUCUGCACCAAAGUCACAAAGUGUAGAGUUAAGUAAGCUUUACUCUGUGACUCCAGGUUGCAUGCUUCAAGAAGACAGUCACCUCAGUAAAGAAAAUGAAGAACCCCAGACUAGGUUAGCCUCAAAGAAAGAUACCAAUGUUCCUCUUACUAUUCAACACUUAACUGAUGAUUCUACAGUCGGUUCCUCCACCAUUCAAGAUGGAGAAUGUGCCCUUCCGAACCUUGCAGAUUCCUCUUGUAUUCCAUCAUACGAUCUCUCGGGCCCUAAACCUGUAUCUGUGAGUGUGUGUUCUCAACCCAGCAUUGUUCCUCCACACUUUAGAGGAGGGGUAUCAUUUGAAAGCAACCAUAUGAAUACUAAUCUUGUGCCUUCUUUAAAACCUCUUCCACCUGUUUACCAUAACAUUGAUAUUGGUGGAUUUCCUUACCCAGUGGUCACAUCAGGAAGCUCAACCAUCCCAACAGGCAGCCAUAGUCUUGUGUCCUUGCGUGGAAACAACACUUGUGUGACUGUAACCACAGCUACUGGAACCCCAGAAGAGAUUAGAUCUCUGAAACACAGAAAAGAAAAUGUUCACAUACUCUACCCAGUAGCACCAGGACUGAUGCCCCCUGGUAUUCAGUGUAGUAGGGUUAUGCAUACACCUGUAACAACUGCUAUUCCAUGUUCUAACACAGUUCUUCCAUACAGUUGUUAUGUGCAUCAGUUAAUUCCUCAGCCUAUCAGUUUUCACAGCAACACAGCACCACCAAUCUUUCCUAUGCUGAGCCAUGGCUUUCACUUCCAGAUCCCUAAUGGUCUAACCUCGCCCGAUCUCAUGUUCUCUAUGCAGAACUUUCCCAUGGCAUCACCUCCUGCUGCUGCAGAUCCUAAUGUAUCUCCAGCUCCUGGAGGUCUUCCUGUUGCUGACACAGUUCCAAGCUUUUUAGUUUUUCCAGGAGAUGGUGCUCCUAACCUUCAUGGGGACAUGGGUUGUGCUUUGCUACCACCAAAGCCUCUGACUUGUUAUAACUGUGGUGCAACAGGACACUCUGGCAACCAAUGUAAAGGAGCCACUUUGGAAGAGAUGUCAAGCAGUGGUAACUUUCUUUUAAACUUUGCUCCCUUGCCUGAAACAGUUGACCCAAAUGAGCAGCAACAAGUUUAAAGACAAUCCACUGUUACUGUCUUGUGACCUCGGAUUAUUGUUGUAACACUGGGUUAAUUACAUAUAAUAGUCACCCACUGUUACUGUCUUGUGACCUAGGAUUAUUGUUGUAACACUGGGUUAAUUACAUGUAAUAGUCAUCCAUUGUUACUGUCUUGUAACCUAGGAUUAUUGUUGUAACACUGGGUUAAUUACAUGUAAUAGUCAUCCAUUGUUACUGUCUUGUAACCUAGGAUUAUUGUUGUAACACUGGUUAAUUACAUGUAAUAGUCAUCCAUUGUUACUGUCUUGUAACCUAGGAUUAUUGUUGUAACACUGGAUUAAUUACAUGUAAUAGUCAGCCAUUGUUACUGUCUUGUGACCUUGGAUUAUUGUUGUAACACUGGGUUAAUUACAUGUAAUAGUCAGCCUAUGUUACUGUCUUGUAACCUAGGAUUAUUGUUGUAACAAUGGAUUAAUUACAUGUAAUAGUCAUCCAUUGUUACUGUCUUGUAUCCUAGGAUUAUUGUUGUAACACUGGGUUAUUUUUGUUAAUUACAUGUAAUAAUCAUCCAUUGUUACUGUUUUGUGUCCCAGGAUUAUUGUUGUAACACUGGGUUAUUUUUGUUAAUUACAUGUAAUAAUCAUCCAUUGUUACUGUUUUGUGUCCCAGGAUUUUAGUUGUAACACUUAGUUAUUUAUGUUAAUUACAUGUAAUACUUAACUGUUGUUACUGUGUAUUUAACCCUUUCAGUACUUCUAUUGCAAUUUUAAAACAGAAACAAUACAAGUACAUAUAAAUGACCUAGGAUACACCAAAAAGGAUUGGAGUGCCAUGUUAAAAAUAUUUUUUUAUGGAUAUAUGGGUCCCACCAGUCCUUCACAAAUAUAACCCAACAGUACUGAAAGGAAUAAGUCUGAAAUAAGAUGUCUAAGUUAAUAAUAUUUGAAAGGAACCACUGCUUUUAAUAAAAUACUAUUUUAGAUGUGGAAGUAUAAUAUAUAACUAUCUUAAGUUCUGAUGUAAAAAUGUUUGUUGUCAUGCGCUUGUACUCUUUCAUUGCCAAAGAGUUUUGAAGCUGUUCUACUUUAUCUGGUGGUGUAAAACUUUUCACCUUGUGGUAGUUUCUUAUUGACAGCUAAUAACUGUAGAUUAUUGCAACAUGAGCCAAGACAAGUAACACAGACUGGAAUUUAUCAAAACUGCUAGUUAUUGUGUUUCUGAUUUCCACACUUUAACUAGAUGUUACUUUUCUCUGUUUUUAAUUGGUGUACCUGUGUUUCCUUUCUGAUUUACAUGCUUUAAUUAGAUGUUACUUUUCUCUGUUAUAUUUAAAUGUGUCAGAAUUAUUUAUAUUUGUUAGUGAUUAACUUGAGAAUUAAGUAUUAGAAAGAUCUCAUUCGUCAGUUUUCCUAGAAAGUCGUGUAUGUUUAUCAUUAUGCCACUUCUCAUUUUUUUACUCUUUCAAACAGAAAAUUUACAUCUAUUAUAUCUACAGUUAAACAAAAAAAAAAGCUCUUAAAUAUUUCAUAUGCAAGUAGUAGCCACGGCACAACUGCCAAAUGUCGUUUAGACAUUUCACAAUCAACUGUCUCAAUACAGCAUUCAGAUAAAAAUUGAAACUACAUUUUUAAAGCUUUCUCCAUAUAUACAUGUCCAAGUAACAAACACAAUGAACAGAUAAUUUAAUAUUGUAGGUUCACAUACCUAAAUCAACUUACAUGUCUACAUAACAAACAUGGUGAACAAGUAGUUUAAAUGUCUGAAUAGUCUUACAUGUCCAAGUAACAUACAUAGUUAACCAGUUUAACAUUGUAGGUUCAUAUGCCUCAAUCAACUUUUAUGUCCAAGUAACAGACACAGUGAACCAGUUUAAUAUUGUAGGUUCACAUGCCUGAAUCAACUUGCAUGUCCAAGUAACAAACACAGUUAACCAGUUUAAUUUUGUAGGUUCACAUAAGAAAGAAGUUCUGAAUGGUACGUUUUUUUUUUUUUUUACUUCACUUGAAUUUAAAUUUUAGGUUUAGCAUUUAUAGAUAAUGAUAAUAAUUCAACAUGGUUAUUAGGAAACCAGAAGAAAAGUGGUGAAGAAACUGUAAAACUGCUAGGACUGGGUUGAUCAGGCUUUCAAAAAGGGUGAUGAAGUUUUUUUAUACCACACAACCUGGUUCAAAAAUGUAGUGAGUCCUAAUCCAGUAUGAAGUAAGAUGCAAAAGAUGGUGUAUACAAGUUUUAUAAUUGCUUUUAUAGUAUAAUGGUAGAUGAGAAGGAUAAUUUUACAUCCAUUUUGAAUAUUCAAGAAAACUAUAAGACUUAAUGAAAUUCUAUUUGUGUACCAACUUCAUUUACUUCCAUGUUUUUAGUAGUACUCAAGUAGAGAGAUAUGGGUUAUAGAUUAAGUAUGUAGCAGUUCUGAAACUGUUCACAGUUACAAGUUAAACCCAAAGAGAAAGUGUGCUAUCUCUGAUUUUUGCCUGGAUAGUAUUAACAUAAUGUAACAACAGUGAUAAAAAAAAAAGUAAAAAAGCUUACAGAGGAAAGAAAUGUCAAGAGAAUAAAUAAAGAAUCAGAAGAAAUGAUUAGAUACAUCCCAGAAUUAGCUUACUAUUCUGUUUCUAUGAUUACACAAAAGUAGUUUCAAACUGUAACGUUAAAAUUUUCACACAGCUGAUAGCACAUAGAAAAAAAGAUGUUAAAAUCAUUCCUAGCAUUAAUCUGAAAAGUGAAAGUUUGAAACUUGUCAGCCUUUUUGAAAAUAUCUGGUGUUACUAAAAAUGUGUUAAUUGAGAGUAGGCUUACAAAAAUCCAUGAAUAGGAGGCACUAUAUAGAGGGAAGACUGGGGAGGGUAUUUGUAAAACUUGAGCCUGUUGUACAACUUGGAAUUUUUCAAUAUAUUUACACACUUUAUUUCACUUCCUCAAUUUGAUAUACACAUCAUGUUUGGUGUAUUUCACAUCUUCCUUGGUUUGACAUACACAUUGUGUCUAGUGUAUUUCACGUCUUCCUUGGUUUUAUAUACACAUCAGGUCUGCCAUGUUUCACUUCUGUCUUCCCUGGUUUGAUAUACACAUCGCGUCUGCCAUGUUUCACUUCUGUCUUCCCUGGUUAGAUAUACACAUCACGUCUGCUGUAUUUCACUUCCAUAUUCCCUGGUUUGAUAUACACAUCACUUAUGUCUUCCCUGGUUUUAUAUACACAUCAGGUCUGCUGUAUUUCACUUAUGUCUUCCCUGAUUUUAUAUAAACAUCACGUUUGCUGUAUUUCACUUAUGUCUUCCCUGAUUUUAUAUACACAUCACAUCUGCUGUAUUUCACUUAUGUCUUCCCUGGUUUUAUAUACACAUCACAUCUGCUGUAUUCACUUUCAUAUUCCCUGGUUUGAUAUACACAUCACAUCUGCUGCACUUCACUUAUGUCUUCCCUGAUUUUAUAUACACAUCAGGUCUGCUGUAUUUCACUUAUGUCUUCCCUGAUUUUAUAUAAACAUCAUGUUUGCUGUAUUUCACUUAUGUCUUCCCUGAUUUUAUAUACACAUCACAUCUGCUGUAUUUCACUUAUGUCUUCCCUGGUUUUAUAUACACAUCACAUCUGCUGUAUUUCACUUCCAUAUUCCCUGGUUUGAUAUACACAUCACAGCUGCUGCAUUUCGCUUAUGUCUUUCCUGGUUUGAUAUACACAUCAUAUCUGCUGUAUUUCACUUCCAUAUUCCCUGGUUUGAUAUACACAUCACAUCUGCUUUAUUUCACAUCUUCCUUGGUUUGAUAUACACAAAUUGUGUCUACUGUAUUUCAAUUCUGUCUUCCCUGGUUUGAUACACACAUCAUGUCUGCUGUAUUUCAAUUCUGUCUUCCCUGGUUUGAUACACACAUCACGUCUGCUGUAUUUCAAUUCUGUCUUCCCUGGUUUGAUACACACAUCACGUCUGCUGUAUUUCAAUUCUGUCUUCCUGGUUUGACAUACACUAGUUAAGAAUAAUCUAUACUUAAUUAUGAUGUUUCGUUUUCAUGCAGUUAACCUACUGCAUGAUGGGGAGUCUAGUAGUAAAUAUUCAGGAUUACUGAACCCAAGUCUGGCCUUAUAUUUUGUGUUCAUACCCCCACUUGCAAGCUAGGAGGAUAAAACAUGGCACACGUGCUAAGGUACCAUGGGUAGGUGUCCUAAUGGGUUUUGUUUGCAGGUGUCGACCCUUCCUGGAGAUAAUGAAGGAACCUGACUGGUUCUUCGGACCUAACAGAGGCGUGUGGGCAUUUUAUGCUAGUUAUUAGAACAUGCAGAAAUAUUGUUAGACUGUAUGUCAGAAUAGAGAAACAAGCACCACAAAUAUUGUUAAAACAUGCAAUACAUCAGAAUACACAUUCAGAAGUUAGGGGGUAGUAAACAUAUAGAAUCUGGGAAUACACAGACAAGCAUCAGACAUAGUUAUAACACAUACAUUUCCUGGGAAAACAUCUUU